GCGCACGGCACUUUAGACACGAACAUUGGACACGAAUACGUAACCAGGGAGCCACACCGAGCCAGGAUUAAGAGGGAGAUCUCAUUCCAAGAUCAUAACUCAUACGGCAUUCACCAUACCUCGGAGCCAGAUGGAUGCUCAAGCGCCUGCUACUCGUCGACAGGUAUUCUUAAAGUAUCGUGAGCUCUUCAAUGGUAAGAAUGUGCGAAAGAGAAAGGCUAUACGCAAAAUUCUCGUAAAAAACUUGCCCGACUCAAAAGCGUCUGUUGGCGACGCGCAUAUCAACAACGUCGUCUCUAUCCUCAAGUCUCUUCUUGCGGAUGGCGUGUUCCAAUCUGAGGAGAUGGCAAGCAAGCACUUUCCAGACCUCAUCACGGGACGACCCUCGGAAAGACCAACCGGAAACAUCUCAAAGAAACGUAAAGUGUCUCCUAGAAGGUCAAUCGAUGUCGGACGAGUGGUGCAAACUGAGGCUAUCGACAAACCGAGUACUGCGACUACAGCCGGAAUUUCCAUUAUCAACAGCCAAGAAAACAGUCCCUUUUACAUAACCCCGCGACCAUCUGCAUUUCCCUACAGUGUUCAACAUCACGUACUGUCGCUAUCCCAGCAAAUCCUUGAAGAAGCAUGCUUCCGAUUUACGCAGCGGUGGCUUCCUUCCUUGCUUGAAAAGUGUGGCUGGGCUUGUGCAGCUGCGGUCGAGCUCACAAACUGGGUACGUGUCAUCAAGAAGCAUUUAGACACUCUUCCUAGCGAUUGCAUGAGUACCGAACAAAAAAAGUGUUUCAAAGAAACCUUGCCAUGCAUUACUCAAUUACGCCACACCGCAGUUCAUCGCCUGCAUCUUACCUCUGUUCAGUUGCUAAAGCAAGUCCACUCUGCAUAUAUACUAGCCGAAAUCUUGCAAGACAACGAGUGCAGAAAUCGAUUGCAAACUAUACAUUUAAGGGUGGAUACGUGGGUCAAGAGUAUGGACCAUGAUAUGGAUGUGAUGAAGCAAGAAGCAGAACGUAGAGUCCGUCAGCUGGAGCUGAUGCUGCAAACAACCAUCGCGCAGCAGCAGAACAGAAUAUCUUCGGCCGCAGGCCAAGGGCUGAUUGAUUCCAUCACCACGGAAUUCAGACUCAACCUUCCAAAUGCGGCAGCAGAAAUCAAGAGCACAUUCACAGGCGACGAGCACGCUAGGAAUACUGGAGGCACUAUAGUCAUUGACGAGGAUGAUAUCGAAAGCGACGAGAAUCAAUUGCAAACGGAAUUGUAGUAGCUGAAGAAUAUGUGGAAUAUUGUCUCGAUAUAGGACUACAUGAGGGAUGCUAAAGAAAUGGGGCUUUUCUAAUGAAUGGUGGGAAAUUUACAUAUAGGAACUUUACGUCGUAUAGUUAUAGUGGGUUUGCUAGCAAAGGAGCAAUGGAAAGUCAAAAGUAAG